GCCCCGCCCCGUUCUUAGCUCCGCUCCCCUUCUUCCCGCGCGCAUUUAAUACGUCACCUCCGGCGCGGCGCGGGGAGACGCCGGAAGUGCCUCCAUUGCGAGCGGCGGCGGGGGGCGAGAAGGAGCGGCGCCAUGGUGGAGGAAGUCCAAAAGCACUCUGUGCACACACUUGUGUUCAGGUCUUUGAAGAGGACCCAUGAUAUGUUUGUAGCUGAUAAUGCCAAACCUAUACCAUUAGAUGAUGAAAGCCACAAAGUAAAGAUGGCAGUCAAACUGCGUACAGAGUAUGGCUCGGUGUUGCACAUGCCUACUCUUAAAGAAAACAUGAGGGAGAAAGGAGGCCCAGCCACUGGGGAUCCUUAUGGACAUAAACAGUAUUCUGGAAAUCAAGGACAAGAACUUGAAUAUAUGAUAACAGGUACACAUCCAUACCCAUCUGGGCCUGGCGUGGCUCUGACAGCAGACACUAAGAUCCAGAGGAUGCCUAGUGAAUCUGCAGCUCAGUCCUUAGCUGUCGCACUUCCUGCUUCUCAGACCAGAUUGGAUGCAAAUCGGACAGCUGCUGGUGUGGGUGAGAUUUACAGGCAUGCAGGAAUAUCUGAACGUUCACAGCCUCCUGGGAUGUCAGUGGCUAUGAUGGAAGCUGGUGGAAACAAAAAUUCUGCAUUAGUGGCAAAGAAGGCUCCAACCAUGCCCAAACCUCAGUGGCAUCCACCUUGGAAGCUGUACAGAGUUAUCAGUGGUCACUUGGGCUGGGUGAGAUGUAUUGCAGUAGAACCAGGAAAUCAGUGGUUUGUUACUGGCUCUGCUGACAGAACUAUAAAGAUUUGGGACCUUGCUAGUGGCAAAUUGAAAUUGUCUUUGACGGGACACAUCAGUACUGUACGAGGAGUGAUAGUAAGUGCAAGAAGUCCAUACCUCUUUUCUUGUGGAGAAGACAAACAGGUGAAAUGCUGGGAUCUUGAAUACAAUAAGGUUAUCAGACAUUACCAUGGUCACCUAAGUGCUGUCUAUGGUUUGGACUUGCACCCAACAAUAGAUGUACUGGUAACAUGUAGCAGAGAUUCAACAGCACGAAUUUGGGAUGUGAGGACAAAAGCCAGCGUGCACACGUUAUCAGGACACACAAAUGCGGUAGCGACAGUGAAGUGCCAAGCUGCAGAACCACAAAUUAUUACAGGCAGUCAUGAUACUACCAUACGACUUUGGGAUUUAGUGGCAGGAAAAACUCGUGUUACUUUAACAAAUCACAAGAAAUCUGUAAGAGCAGUAAUACUACAUCCAAGACAUUACACAUUUGCAUCUGGUUCUCCAGAUAACAUUAAGCAAUGGAAAUUCCCAGAUGGAAACUUCAUUCAGAACCUCUCUGGUCACAAUGCCAUUAUCAACACACUGGCUGUAAAUUCAGAUGGAGUUUUGGUAUCAGGAGCUGAUAAUGGUACUAUGCAUCUUUGGGACUGGAGAACCGGUUACAAUUUCCAGAGAGUACAUGCAGCUGUACAGCCAGGCUCUUUGGACAGUGAAUCAGGAAUAUUUGCUUGUGUAUUUGACCAGUCAGAAAGCAGAUUGCUAACAGCUGAAGCUGAUAAAACUAUAAAAGUAUACAAAGAAGAUGAUACUGCGACUGAGGAAACUCAUCCGGUCAGCUGGAAACCAGAAAUUAUCAAGAGAAAACGAUUUUAAUACAGCAACGCACUUGUGCUAUAAUUUCGUUUUGGUUUUCUGGAGAGCAUUCAGUCAGACUAGGCUCUGCCUACAGCAGCAGAGCAGGAAGUCAGCAAGUCAUUGCUUUUUCAACAUGUUUUGUAAUAAAUUUUAUUCUUCUUUCUUUUUGUCUUUUUUUUGGUGUGAAUCCAACAAACCAGUUGCAGCUGUUAAUUUUCUCUUUGUGGCGCAUGUAUAGUUCAUGAAAAGGAUAAAUGUGCAGGUGGUUAUUUUUAUAUGCAUCUACUGAGCAUAAGACUACGCGUUUUGGUGAGCCAGAUUUUCUGAAAGCCCUUUGCUUGACUAUAUAAGUUAAUUGUAAAUUUAUCCAUAGAGGCCAUCUACUGGAGACUUCUUGAGUGACGUUUUUAGAUUUUACAUCAGUGUUGUUUACUGUAUAUAUGCAUAGCAUAUGCUGAAAUACUGUAAUGGAACAGUAUAUAUAUUAAAUUACAGAAUAAUACCAAGAAAGAAAUGGGAUGAUAAAAUACCAAUGUAGUUUGCUUAGUAAACCACACUGGCAAUGCUCAGAGUGGCUGUGUUAUUGAAUGAAAUGGAUUUUCAUAGUGUUUCUUUCUCCAGGAAAGCUUUCACAUGCAACUCCACAUCUUCAUUACUUUGAUUUUGGAGUGGACAUAUAGCAAUGGCUACUGUCAAACUAUGUUUUGUCAGCAGCAGAUUAGGACCAAUUGACUUUCUUCAGAUCGUCUGUUGCUUUUUUCAGUUAUCCAAAGCAUUUAUGACAUUAGAUUACAGGGAACUUCUAAAACAGGUCUGAGGAAAAGCUCUUAAGUCAUUCCAGCCUUAAUUUUAAUUAUUGCUGUCUCCCCCAAGAUCUUACAAAGAAUUAAAAAAAUAUAUACUGAAAGAUGAUUAAUACAAAGGUCAGAUAUGUCAAGGUGUUUACAGUCAUGUAACAAGCAGUAAAUAUGUAAGCCUCCAUGGUGCCAGUGCUGGUGUUCUAAAGCCCUUUGUCUUAGCAGAGGAGAAAAGUGUUAAGUCAUUGAGCCAUUCAGUUGUCAGCAAUUCUGCUAACGUUUUCAAUAGCUGCAGUGGUGAGUUUCAUGCAGGGUGUAUACUGAGAAUUGUUUUGUGGCAACAGCCUUGUGGUAAACUGUUCACUGUAACCACUUCUAAUUUAUGCCAGUCUGACCUUUCAAAUCUGGGAUUUGUGUUCGGGAAGUGACAGUUUGUUGAAAGUGCCUGGAGCCCUCUGUUUAAGAUACUGGCAAUAUAACUUACAAAAAAAUAGUAAAACUAAGUGUCGUUUAUAUUCCAAGACUUACCUCUCUUGUGAUGCAUGGGAAAUCUUGUGUACAUCCUCCAAAUACUGUACUUAUAAUUUAAAUGUUUGACAAUGUCUUCUUAAGGUAGUCCAUGCUACAUGAGUAACUGAAGUUUGGCUGACAGCUAUUGAUUGAAGCAUCAUCACAAAAUAGGAAGUUUUAUACACCUUACUAACUUUGCUGUUGCUCUUCAACACAUACUGAACUGUGUUUUCCAGAUUGCUUUGUUUGAGGACAAAAUAGGAAGAGAUGGGUAUGGUGAUGUUCUUACAAUUAAGAAAAAUACAAAAGCAAAAAAAAAACAAAACCACCACAUGAAAUCCACAUGAAAUAUGGAUCAAAACCAAGCAUUCACUUUAAACUAAACAAAACAACACUAGAAUAAUUUGAGUUACCUUAAAACUAUUUUUUUAAGUUGUUUUCUUUUGAAGUUUAACAGUGGUGUUUCAGGGGAGGAGGAAAGGAGAAGGUAGACUACAGUAACAUGUAUGCAAUCCCCUUUUAAUCUGCUUCUCUUUGUGUAUCUGCCUAGCCUGCGGUUUCUCAUACAUUGUUAGUUUUCUUGCCAUCCCAGAGCCUGGAGAAAAAUAAACCAGUUAUUCUUUUUUU